AUGGAGGCGGUGGCGGUGGUCACGGUGGUGGCGGAGGUGGCCACGGAGGCGGCGGUCACGGGGGCGGAGGCGGCGGUCACGGAGGUUAUGGAGGCGGUGGUCACGGAGGCGGCGGCGGUCACGGAGGCGGCGGCGGCGGUCACGGAGGCGGCGGCGGCGGUCACGGAGGCUACGGAGGCGGCGGUCACGGAGGCGGCGGCGGCGGUCACGGAGGUUAUGGAGGCGGUGGUCACGGAGGCGGUGGUGGUGGACACGGAGGCGGCGGUGGUGGACACGGAGGCUACGGAGGCGGUGGUCACGGAGGCGGUGGUGGUGGACACGGAGGCUACGGAGGCGGUGGUCACGGAGGCGGUGGUGGUGGACACGGAGGUCACGGAGGCGGCGGCGGCGGCCAUGGAGGCGGUGGCGGUGGUGGUCAUGGUGGUCACUAUGGCCGCUAAAAUGCCGAGAACGAAGAAGCGCUAUGAAUGUAGGAACCAGACGUAUCAGUGGAGUAAAUCUCAGAUGGUACGUGCCAUAGCAGCUGUGAAAACAAAAGAGGCUUCUGUGAAAGGCGGCUGCUUCUGGCGCUGUGCCUGGGCGCCGCGCUCGUGGCGACUGUGGCCGCGGGAGGCUACGGAGGCGGAGGGCACGGGGGCGGCGGGGGCGGAGGACACGGCGGCUACGGAGGCGGCGGCCACGGAGGCGGUGGUGGCGGCCAUGGAGGCGGUGGCGGUGGUCACGGGGGUGGCGGAGGUGGCCACGGAGGCGGCGGUCACGGGGGCGGAGGCGGCGGUCACGGAGGUUAUGGAGGCGGUGGUCACGGAGGCGGCGGCGGUCACGGAGGCGGCGGCGGCGGUCACGGAGGCGGCGGCGGCGGUCACGGAGGCUACGGAGGCGGCGGUCACGGAGGCGGCGGCGGCGGUCACGGAGGUUAUGGAGGCGGUGGUCACGGAGGCGGUGGUGGUGGACACGGAGGCUACGGAGGCGGUGGUCACGGAGGCGGUGGUGGUGGACACGGAGGGCACGGAGGCGGUGGUGGUGGACACGGAGGUCACGGAGGCGGCGGCGGCGGCCAUGGAGGCGGCGGCGGUGGUGGUCAUGGUGGUCACUAUGGCCGCUAAGUAUCACUCUUCCUCUCUACUAAGCCAUCUCUUACUUUCGGACACUAAAAAUUCCCACUCCUGUACUGUCUGA